AUGGCUAAAAGAUUCGUUCAAAAAGAACGAUUCGUUCACGAAUGUAACAUCACUAUCUCUGACCCGCCAAUUCCUACAAGAAGACGUGUGACCGAUACAGACACGCUACCUCUUUUGGCUGAACUUAAAGCUUGCAGGUUCUCAAACGAGAAAAAAAGCAGCAUGGAGAUACCUAUUGUAGACUUCAGUGUCUAUGAACUUAAAAAUACGCAUGUAUCAGACGACAAAUUAGAAAAGCUUGGGAAAGAACUGAGAGCGGCAUUUACCGAUGUGGGAUUUGUUUACCUAAAAAACACAGGCAUACAUCAAGAAGAGGUGGACAAAGUCAUGAGUGUUUCCAAAAAGUUCUUCAGUUUGCCUGAAAAUGUGAAGGCACCGUUCAGCAGGGGCAAUUUCUCCUGUGAUGUGAAUCACGGCUGGGUUUCACUAGAAACUGAAAGCCUGAAUCCUCGGCGUCCUGGUGAUUUGAAGGAGGCAUUUAAUAUAACAUCACUGAGGGCAGAUAUUAAUUGGCCUUCUGAAGGAGUUGAGGAUUUUCGAGAUGUCCAUAUGGCGUUUUAUCUGCGCUGUAAGGAUCUUUCUCUCAGGGUCUUGAGAGUGAUGGCUCUUGGAUUAGGUCUGGAUGCAGAUGUCUUCCUCAAAGCCCAUAAGCAAAUUGAAACUGAUGUGAAUCCAACCACUUUGCGGACUUUGUACUACCCUCCAGUAAAGAGCGAAUGUGUGAAACAAGAUCAGGUGCGCUGUGGUGAACACUCGGACUAUGGCAGUAUCACUCUUGUCUUCCAAAGUCUAGAAGGUGGACUACAGGUUCUCAGUCGGACUGGAGAGUACAUUUCAGCCCCUCCCAUUCCUGGAACAGUUGUAAUUAACAUAGCAGAUCUGAUGCAAAGAUGGACCAGCGACGUUUUUGUGUCCUCUGUCCACAGGGUGUUGCUGCCCCCUGAAGGCGACUCUAAUACACGUCAGUCUAUGACAUUCUUUGUUCACCCUGAUAAUGAUGCCAUUAUUACUUGCUGUGAUGGGUCGGACAAAUAUCCUCCUAUUAAUUCACUUGAUUACCUUUUGUCAAGAUUCAAGGAGUCGUAUGGGAAAAAGGUUGAUGUGUGAUAUGUUUAAAUUGAUUCUUUUUAUAAAUCAUUUAAUAAGUUUUAAGUUUGUUUUUAAUUUCUUUUUCAAACUAAUUUUCAAACAAAAUAGCUUACAAAUCACUUGUCCUGAAUUAAAGGAAUAUUCAAUUUUCUUUAAAGAAAAAUCCAGAUAAU